UCCUUUCCUCUCCACGACCAAAAUGGCAGAAACACCUCCUGAUGCUUCUGAGAAACUGGUUGUGAUCCACUCCAAAGCUCACAAAGACACCAUUCUAGCUAAUUUUGAAGAGCAAAGGAAGAAGGAUUUCCUGUGUGACAUUACUCUAAUAGUGGAGAACGUGCAGUUCAGAGCCCACAAAGCUUUGCUUGCUGCCAGCAGCGAGUACUUCUCCAUGAUGUUCCUAGAUGAUGGUGAAAUAGGGCAGUCGAUUUACAUGCUGGAGGGGAUGGUUGCAGACACCUUUGGGGCACUGCUGGAGUUUAUCUACACUGGUUGCCUCUGUGCCAGUGAAAAAAGCACAGAUCAAAUCCUGGCCACUGCACAGCUGCUGAAGGUGACUGACCUGGUGUGGGCCUGCACUGACUAUCAGGCUGGCCGCAGCCCGAGUACCGCGGUACCGGCUCCGGCCGCGACCGCCAGCGACAAGAAACACGAGGAGCUGCCAAAGAGAAAACGAGGGCGACCCAGGAAGAUCAGGAGCGUCCAAGAAGAAAAAUCAGCAGCAAAUUCUGCUGAGGAUGUGCAGCUGAGAGAGAACAACUCUGUGCAAAACAAGCAGAACUUCAUGAGAAAAGAUGCGGCAGCGGAAGAAACGGCUGGCAGCGAGCAGGCCCCGGCGAGGAAAGACACAGAAGAAGAUGAGCCUGCUGGUGGCUCAGAAGCUGCUGUCGAGCUGUCAGCUGAGAAAGAUGAGAAUUAUGAUCCCAAGUCUGAGGGAAUACAGAGCACUCAGAGCCGGUACAGCAAACGCAGAAUAAGGAGAUCAAUCAAGCUGAAAGAUUACAAACUUCUGGGUGAGGAGGAGGAGAAAGGGCUGGCGAAGAGAAGCGAGGGGAAAAGAAAACGUGCAGGGGCUGAAGCUCGCUGUAAAGACUGUGGCAAGGUGUUUAAAUAUAAUCACUUCUUGGCUAUUCACCAGAGGAGUCACACAGGGGAGCGUCCUUUUAAGUGCAGUGAGUGUGGCAAAGGCUUUUCCCAGAAACAUUCCCUUCAGGUGCACGAGCGGAUGCACACCGGCGAGCGGCCCUACACCUGCACCGUCUGCAGCAAGGCUCUGACAACCAAGCACUCCCUCCUGGAGCACAUGAGCCUACACACAGGGCAGAAGGCUUUUACCUGUGAUCAGUGUGGGAAAUACUUCAGCCAAAAGAGACAGCUCAAGAGCCACUAUCGAGUGCACACAGGCCGCUCGCUGCCGGAGUGCAACCAGUGUCGGCGCAGGUUCAUGGACGCAGCUCAGCUAAAGAAACACCUGAGGACACACACAGGUGAGAAGCCCUUCACUUGUGAAAUUUGUGGCAAAUCCUUUACAGCCAAAAGCUCUCUUCAGACUCACAUCAGAAUUCACAGAGGAGAGAAGCCUUAUUCCUGUGGUACCUGUGGGAAGUCCUUCUCUGAUUCCAGUGCCAAGAGGAGACACUGCAUCCUACACACGGGCAAAAAGCCUUUCUCCUGCCCCGAGUGCAGCCUGCAGUUCGCUCGCCUGGACAACCUGAAGUCCCAUCUGAAAAUCCACAGCAAGGAGAAGCAGUUCCAGGAAGCCAGCAGCGCCCCAGGCACCAACGCAGACUCGGAGGUGAGGAACAUCCUGCAGCUGCAGCAGUACCAGCUGGCCACCUCCGGAGGGCAGGAAAUCCAGCUGCUGGUUACAGAUGCGGUGCACAACAUCAACUUCGUGCCCGGUCACAACCAAGGCAUCAGCAUUGUUACUGCGGAGGGCGCCCCAGGCGUGAGCAGCCAGCAGGCCGCAAACCUGGCCCUGCUCGCCCAGCCGCCGCCGCAGCUGCAGAACCUGCUGCUGUCGGCUCAGCAGGAGCAGGCAGGGCAGAUCCAAAGCAUCAAUAUGAUGCCCAACCAAAUAGAGAGCGCCCAGCCUGAAGAGAUGCAUGUCAUCACUCUUUCCAAGGAAGCACUGGAACACCUCCACACUCACCAGGGACAAGGCGGAGAAAUCCACUUAGCAGAAUCUUCGCAUCCGGCUCCGCACGUGCAGCUGACUCGGGAGUCGAGUCAACAGUCUCACUCUGGCCAAGACACACUCCCUUCCCAGCAAGCCAGUGAAGAACAGAAUCCAAGUGUGCAUGUGUCUGAGUCCCACCAGCAGCCUCUGUCAGUAAAUGAGUCAUCUCAUGAGCAUCCUGCUCAGGGACAGGCUUUCUGAAGUGUGUAUUUGUCACCUGGGAGCUGGGCCAGCACACGUUUCUCACCCUUUCUUUUCUGCAGCAGAGUCUGUCUGGAGAUGCAUUUUGGGCUGAUUUUGAUGUGUGAAUUUCAGUUUCCUAACCUUAUUUAUUUUAGACUUUUUUAGUUUUCCAGAUGACUCUUUCUCUACCCACUUGGUAGAGGUCUCUCUGGACCACUUGGUCCAUACCUCACGAGUGAUUCACCUUGGGGUUUGUGCCUCAUACACAUCCAUACCUACUGAGAAGAUACUUGUCCCUGUAUCUCUAUUUCUGAGUGACUCUCCAGAGAAGUGUACCUUGCUGGUGGGAGAAGUGUUUGAGGUGUCUGCUGAUCCCAAAGUACAACUUCUGUGAGGCUGCAUUACCUGAACUGCUGCCAAGCUUGAGACAAGCCAGUACUUCUUGCAAAGCUAUCAUGUGUCUGAUGUUCAGCGAGCUUGCUCUCUCUGCAGAGUGCCAUUUGCUAUGUGAUCAGCCCCUCAAGUGCAGUUGGGUUUGUUGAUCACCAAACUGGUUUGGUUUGGGUUGAAAUUGUUGCAGCUGCUCUCUGGCCCUGAUCAUCCUUUCUGUUUCCUGCCUGCUGUGUGAGUUUUGCUCCUCAGAAAUGCUUAAGCCACUGCACUCCAAUAAUGGCAGUGAGGUGUGGUGGUUACACUGGACAUCUGAAAAGCCUAAAUUCUUCUCUGUUAGCUCUGCUGCUCACUCUCUGUGUGACCAUGGGUAGGGUAGUUGACCUCUGUGCCUUAUUUUGUCAUCUGGUAAUGUGGGAUAGUUCUCACAUGCUCUGCCAAGCACUUUGAAGAGCUCUUGAUUCUGGGCCCCUCAAUUUAAGAAGGACAUUGAGACUCUUGAACGUGUCCAGAGAAGGGCAAUGAGGCUGUGGAGAGGUCUGGAGCACAGCCCUGUGAGGAGAGGCUGAGGGAGCUGGGGUUGCUUAGCCUGGAGAAGAGGAGGCUCAGGGGAGACCUUAUU